CCCUGAUUGGUAAUGAGAGACGCCACAAUGUUUACAGAUACUGAUGGCUUUUCCAGAGCCAGAAAUGGCAAAAACAUAUAUUCGGAACCCAACAUUUCCGUCACCGGUCCCGCCAGUGAAGAUGAUUUCAACAUCCGCUACAGCAGCGUAUCCGCCGCACCGCCGUUUUAUGAAACCAAUAGGGUCAGUUGCGAAGCCUCACCUUUGACCAUGUCGCCAUGGAAACAAGCUUCUCCUCUGAACAAGCCUACAGGGAACCAUUUAGACGACGGUAACGUUCCUCCGAAUAGUCUCAUCGGCUCGAUUGUACGCGAAGAAGGCCAUAUUUAUUCAUUAGCGGCCACAAAGGAUCUUCUUUACACUGGCUCCGAUAGCAAGAACAUUCGUGUGUGGAAGAAUUUGAAAGAAUUUACAGGCUUUAAAUCCAACAGUGGAUUGGUUAAGGCCAUUGUUAUAGCCGGGGAAAAGAUUUUCACGGGUCAUCAGGAUGGGAAGAUUCGCGUUUGGAAAGUGUCGCCUAAGAACCCUAGCGUUCAUAAACGAGCUGGAACUUUGCCAACUCUCAAGCACAUCCUUAAAAGCUCCAUUAAACCAAGCGGUUACGAGAAAGUGAAACGCAAGCGUUCUUUAUGGAUCAGACACUCGGAUGCAGUGUCGUGUUUGAGCUUGAACGACGAACAAGGUCUUCUUUACUCUGCUUCAUGGGAUCGAACAUUCAAAGUCUGGAGAAUUUCAGAUUCCAAAUGCCUUGAAUCAGUUCAAGCACACGAAGACGCUGUAAACUCAGUCAUUUCCAUCACGGGAGAAAUGGUUUUCUCCGGUUCAGCUGAUGGAACCGUUAAAGUGUGGAAGAGAGAACUGCAACGUAAAGGAACAAAGCACACGCUGACUCAAACUCUUUUACAGCAAGAAAGUGCGGUCACCGCGUUAAUAAUCAAUGCCGCUGGUUCAGCAGUUUACUGUGGUUCCAGUGAAGGCUUUGUCAAUUUCUGGGAACUCGGUAAACAAUUAUCCCACGGCGGAGUCCUUAAAGGGCACAAAUUAGCCAUACUUUGCCUUGCGGCAGCUGGGAGUCUGGUGUUCAGCGGAUCCGCUGAUAAAACUAUAUGUGUUUGGCGUAAAGAUGGCAACAUCCACACGUGCCUUUCAGUGCUAACGGGUCACACUGGGCCAGUGAAGUGCAUGGCCGUCGAAAAGGAUCAUGAAUCGGAGAAUGCCCAUCGGUGGAUCGUUUACAGUGGAAGCCUGGAUAAGUCCGUGAAAGUGUGGAGCAUUUCUGAGUUUUCACAGGCAGCGCCGACAGUGGGCGGCCAUGAGAUCCGUUGAGAGGCUUUCCCAGUUGAAGGGAGCUAUUAGUCGAGCACCAGAUCCAACCAUAAUAAUAGGUUCUAACCGUGACGGGUUCAUCUUUAGGGUUUUACUACGGAUUCAAGUUUGUGUAAAGAUUGUCGUGUUCAGGAGAAU